AAACAUGAUCCCGGUGACCGGUCCUCGGAUGACGCCCAGGGGCGUGUGUGACUGUGUGUGCUGGAGACUUUGGUUUUGAUCUUGUUCAUCUCCUCUUGGACACCAACACCCCUUCUCUUUCUUUGGAUGAUUGAUUGAUCCAUUAUUCGUCUCGGCGUUCGUCUUGUUUCAUCGCCGUUCGUCGGUAUCGGUAUCGGGCAGCAAACAUCGGCCGUUUCGUCAUGCCAUCGUCGAGUCUGGAUGAAGAUCUGUUCCAUCGAUAACCACCAGCACAAGUUAGCCUCUCUGUUGGAACCUCUUCCUCUUCGCAAUCAAACUCACCACUUUGGAUCCCUCGACGAAGCCACCUUUCUUGUUCUUGUUCAAAAUGAUUUGUUGCAGUCUUUGCGACCGCUCCCAUCACGGAAGGGUGCCUUUUCUCUGCGCUGUUGAUGCGCGCAAUCGGCUUUACCCACUCCGAGUGCAGAACGCACGAGCCCUGAUCGAGAACGAAGAGUUAGAGCGCACCGUCGGAGAGGAGGAAGCAUCCAAGAAGCCUUACCUGGACCGACUCAAGUCGGAAAUGGCUGCCGCUAAUGCUCGAACCGCCGAGAUUAUGGCGCAGUGUGAGCGCUUGAAGAGACAGACCGAGCAGACCAGGAAGGAGGUCGAGAAGAAGAAGGAUGUUCUCGCCCGGAAGGAGUCUGAUUUAUCGGCCAUGUCGACUGGUGUUGCAGCGAGACGGAACCGCCAGCUGGAGGAGACCCAGGAGUCGAUCCGUCGUAUUAGAUUCAAAUGGGCUGCUUGUGCUGACACCAUGGUGUCGACGAGAUCGUUUCUGUGCGAGGAGGCUGCCAGAUUGUUUGGUCUUCGGCAGAUUCGCAAGGGUUCUUCGAAACGGUAUGAGCUCGGCGGUGUCGAGAUUAUCGACUUGCAUGCUCUAAACAGCCUCUCACCCGAGGUUAUCAACACUUCCCUGGCCAACAUCACUCAUUUGGUGAUGCUGACCUCCCAUUAUCUCGCCAUUCGGCUUCCUUCACAAAUCACACUUCCACACCAAGACUACCCACGACCGACAAUUUUAUGGCCGCAGGCGUCUUAUCAAUUAGAGGAGCCGCCGUUUCCGGCAGCCAUGUUAUCUGGUCAUCACCAGCAGCCCGGGUUGGAUGGACCGCCGAUCGAUGUUGAGAAAACCAGAUCUUUCCCCCACCGUCCCCGUCCGCUCUGGAUCGAAAAGCCGUUGCCCGCUCUAGUCAAGGAAGACCCUCAGACAGCCGGAAUGUUUAUUGAAGCCGUCUGUUUGCUGGCCCACAAUAUCGCCUGGGCCUGUUGCACGCAAGGGCUCCCAUUUGGUUUAAAUGAUUCGCGGGAUACCUACGAUGAGCUGUGCAACAUGGGCCACAAUAUGUAUCGGUUGUUGAUUGGCGAUAAUCUCCAUCGGCGCUCGGUCGAUCCGAACAUGUUUCCAAGUCCAAGUCCCAGUGGUCAAGGUGGUAAUGAGACAACACCGUCAGAAGAGAGUGCGACGGCGAACAACAACCCGAGAUUGGUUAUAGGUCGCUGGUCUCAUGGGACUAUCCACAACUUCCUCGAGAGUUUGGAGGGGAAGGAGUGGCUGGACAGGUGCAGACUCCCCAGUCCGCACCGGAUGUCGGAUCGGUUGAAGAAGAGGUUGAUUAACGAGGCGCCGAUGUUGGAGUGGGAGAAGAUCGAGGGUGACGAGCUGGACGAUGCUUUCGAACACGACGACGGUCGGCUUGGAAUUUUGGUUAAGCGACGUCGUCGGAGAGAAGAGAUUGGUGGUAGAGACGGACGGGUGAACGAUGAUUUCGGGGUUGAAUCUGUUUCGACUGUUGUUGGUGCCGGUGGUUUGUCGGGAGCCAUUGCCAGAGAAAGAAGUAUUGGUUUGAGUGGUAAUGCGGCUGGCUCAACCGACGCUGCUGCUGCUGCUGGAACGAGUACUGGUAGUGCCGGUACUAGAGGGACGAGUGGCUGGACGAAGCUCAAGAGUAGAUAGAUAGAGUUGUUUAGAGCUCUGUCGCAAUGCCGGCAUGGAUGAUUGAGAGUGGCCAUGGAUGAAUAAGAGUGAUUGUCCGUUACUCGUUCUGGUUCCUUUUAGGUUUGGUUUGGUUUGGUUGGUUUGUUUCAAUGUUCUUUGCAGCAGCAAAUUUUCGGCUUUCUGUCACAGACAACCAAGUCAGUACAUAAUCACAAUAGACAAUACAUAGACAAGCAGAGCAGCACAUACAUUAACAGUCUGUUGAGUG